AUGGUUGUUAGUACAUAUAAUAAUACACGAAGGAAUGAUCUAAGAUAUGUCCUUAAAAGACAUACCCUUCUAUCUCUUUUUUCUAUUAUUUGUAUGUUAUCACUGAAUUUAUCAAUAUUUGAAUUUAAUAAUAAUAAUUAUGGAUUCCAUUACAAUAAAAGAUAUUUUAAAAGUUUAGCUGAAGGAAGUUCAGAGGAACAUACCAAUUUAAGAAGUCAUUCAACAAGUGAUCCAAAGAAUAAUGAAGAGAAACCAUCAAGUCACGAAAUGAAUAAAUGUGAUAUGAAAAAAUAUACUGCUGAAGAAAUCAAUGAAUUGAUUGACAAUUCUAAUGAAUCUAUAAGUAGAAAUGAUAUGCAUAUAAUAUUUAGUUUUGUACACGAUUCUGAGAUAGAAAAAUUUAAAAAAGUAGAAGAAAAUGUAUUUAAAUUUAUUGAAAGUAUAGCAGAAACAUAUAAAAUACCAGAUGAUUUUAAAAUGAAAAAAUUCAAAUAUGCACACCUUGAAAUGGAAGGAUAUUUAAUAAAACAAGAAAAGUUCCUUUUACAAUAUGCUUUUCUUUCUUUAAAUGGUAAUGUAUGUGAACGUAAACAUUUUAAAGAAGUUUUAAAAUAUGUAAAAAGGGAAUGGGCUGAGUUUAGAAAAAUGAUGUUUGAAUUAUGGAAAGAAAAAUUAACUUCUGAAUUCAGAGAACAUGGUGAAAUGUUAAAUCAAAAAAGAAAACUUAAACAGCAUGAACUUGAUAGAAGAGCACAAAGGGAAAAAAUGUUAGAAGAACAUAGUAGAGGAAUAUUUGCAAAAGGAUAUUUGGGAGAAGUAGAAUCAGAAACUAUAAAAAAGGAAACGGAACACCAUAAAAAUGUAUGUGAAGAUAAUGCAGAAAAGUCACAAAAACAAAAAAUUGAAAAUAAAAAAAUCACUGUAGAAGAAGUUAAAUUUGAAGAACCAAAAUCUCAACAACAAAAAGUUAAACCACCAAAAUUGCAGCAACAAAAAGUUGAACCACCAAAAGUACAACAACAAAAAGUUAAACCACCAAAAGUACAACAACAAAAGAAUAAAAAUGAAAAAGGACAGAAGCAAGUAUGUUCCAAAGUAAAGGGAAACAAUUUAAAGAAAAAAUAA